AUGACUGCUAGUUCCAAGAGGCAAAAACGUGAAAGAAAACCACUGAUUUUGAACUUUAUGGUUCUAUCAUCAUUAGGUCAUUUGAAUCCAUCAAUUUGGGCUCAUCCAAAAGAUCAAUCAAGAGAAUAUAAAAAAAUAUCAUACUGGACAAAAGUUGCUAAACUAGCAGAGAAAGCUAAAUUCAAUGCUGUUUUCAUCGCUGAUGUCUUAGGUCCUUAUGAUGUUUAUAAAGGCCCUCAUAAUUUUGAUGCUGUUGCAAGAUCCGGUGCUCAAUUUCCCCUGGUUGAUCCAAGUGCCUACAUUAGUGCAAUGGUUGAAGCUACAAACACCGUUGGGUUUGGAAUUACAUUCAGUACUAUAAGUGAGGCUCCUUAUUUAUUUGCAAGAAGAUUGGCAACUUUGGAUCAUCUUAGUGAAGGUCGAGUUGGUUGGAAUAUUGUGACGAGUUAUCUUCAAAGUGCAGCUAGAAACUUACUAGAUAGUAAAAAUCUGCCACCACAUGAUAAGAGAUAUGAAAGGGCAGAGGAAUAUCUGGAAGUUGUUUAUAAAUUGUUGUUAUCAUCUUGGAGAGACGACGCUAUAGUUGAUGACACUGCAAAUUUGACAUAUGCUGAACCUUCAAGAAUAAGAGAAAUUAAUCACGAGGGUGAAUUUUUCAAUGUUCCUGGCCCAUUUAUUACAGAACCAUCACCACAGCGUAUACCCGUGGUUCUACAAGCUGGUGCAUCUAAAACUGGAAGGGAAUUUGCAGCCAAGCAUGCUGAGAUUGUGUUUAUUCAAGGAUUUACUCCAGAGGAUUUGAAAGCUAGUAUUGAUGACAUUAGAGGACUUGCUGUUGAGAAAUACAAUAGAAACCCAGAACAUAUCAAAUUUAUUUCUGAACUUAUAAUUAUAUUGGGAGAAACAAAUGAAGAAGCUGAAGCAAAAUUUCAGGACUUGAUGAAGUAUCAUGAUCCAGAGGGGAAGCAAGCGCUUAUUGGAGGUUGGACAGGAUUAGAUCUAUCACAAUUUGGAGAAGAUGAAGAUUUAGAAUCAGUGAAUUCCAACGCGAUGUUAUCUGCUGUGAAAAUGUAUAUCACGGAUAACAAAAAGAAAACAAGAGCUGAAGUUGCGCAAUCUGUUGGUGUUGGACUUGGGCGUAAAAGAGUUUUGAUUGGUACACCACAAGAAGUUGCAAAUGAAAUCGAAAGAUAUGUUGAUAUUUCAGGAAUUGAUGGUUUCAAUUUUGCAAAUGCAAAUUUCCCUGCAACGUUUGAAGAUAUCGCUGAGCUAUUGGCUCCAGAGCUACGCAAAAGAGGUUUGCUAUGGGAAGAUUAUCCAGUUCCCGGUGGAACAUUCAGAGAAAAUCUAUAUGGUGUUGAAGGUCAAACGUUUGUUCCAAAAGAUCACCAGGCUUACAAAUACAGAUGGAUUAAAGGUACAAGAGAGGAGUUUACAAAACAUUUCAAUUCUAUAGAAUAA